AUGCUGCAGCACCAGCUGCGGGGCACGGUGCGCCUCGACCCCUCCGGCGCCUGCGCGCUCCAGCUCACGCGCUUCGACCUCCUCGCCGCCUCCCCCUCCGCGCGCUUCUGGGCCGCCGACGGCCCUUCCCUCGACGACCUCGCCAAAGGCCGCCCCUUUUCGCCGCUCCCGCUCAACGCCACCUUCCGCAACGAGACGCUCCGCCUCCCCUUCUCCGCCCCGCUGCCGCCGCUCCUCGCCAUCUUCGACCCCGACACCUCCUCCGACCUCGGCCACGUCUUCCUAUCCGCCGUCUCCAACUCCUCCAACACCACCGCCGCUCUUGCCUCCCGGAUCGCCGCGCCCACCAUGUUCGACAACUGCGUCCAGCUCUCCGAGGGCUACCGCCUUCGCUGGACGCUCAAUGUGUCCGCCGGCGAGGUCGACAUCGGCCUUGAGGCUGCCGUUGGCUCCGAGUACUACAUGGCUUUCGGGUGGGCCGACCCCAAGGCCAACUCCCCCGCCAUGGUCCGCUCGGACGUUGUCGUCGCCGGCUUCACCGAGGAAGGUAUGCCCUUCGCAGAGGACUACUACAUUACCGACUACAGCGAGUGCACCAUGGGGAAGGAUGACCUGCCAGUGUCGGGAGUGUGCCCGGACAGUGCUUAUGAUGACGGGAGGAACGAUUCCAGGCUGGUUUAUGGGCACCGGCGCGAUGGCGUGUCUUUCGUCAGGUACAAGAGGAAACUCGAUAGUGAAGAUGACAAGUAUGAUGUGCCUGUUGGUGCCACGGAGGAGAUGGCUGUGGUCUGGGCCAUCGGGAAGCUGCGUCCGCCGGACACUCUGCGCCCACACUACCUCCCGCAGAACCAUGGGGGGCCGAGGGACGAAACCUUUGGAUUGAUGAGGGUCAAUUUGUCCGAGGUGGUGGACAGUUGCCUUGGACCGUUGGAUGCUGACAAUAAGCAAGACCAGGACAGGAUCAUUGCCGAUGGGAAGACACCGCUGGUUGUGACAUCCGCUCCAGCAUUGCGCUACCCAAACCCACCAAACCCGGACAAGGUGAUAUACAUCAACAAGAAGGAGGCGCCACUGCUGAAGGUUGAGAGGGGUGUGCCGGUGAAGUUCUCAGUGCAGGCUGGUCAUGAUGUGGCACUGUAUGUCACUUCAGACCCCAUCGGUGGAAAUGCCACUUUGCGGAAUAAGACUGAGGUCAUAUAUGCCGGUGGCCCUGAUGUUCAUGGUGUGCCAGCAACCCCCACAGAGCUGGUUUGGCUGCCUGAUAGGAAUACACCUGAUCUUGUCUACUACCAGUCGGUGUAUGAAGCAAAGAUGGGGUGGAAGGUUCAAGUGGUAGAUGGAGGCCUCAGUGACAUGUACAAUAACAGUGUAUUGUUGGAUGAUCAGCAGGUUACUCUGUUUUGGACUCUGUCCACUGACUCUAUAUCCAUAGCAGCUCGAGGUGAGAAGAAAAGCGGGUGUAAAUCAGAAGAUGGCGUUAUUACAUUUGAGUUUACACGUCCUCUUAAGCCUUCCUGUACUGGAAAGGUAGAGUGCAAGAAUAUUAUUGAUCCAACCACACCUCUCAAGGUUGUUUGGGCCAUGGGUGCAAGCUGGUCAGGAGAUGAUCUGACGGACAGUAAUAUGCAUUCGGUCACAAGCAGUCGCCCCAUACGUGUUCUUUUGUUGAGAGGUUCAGCUGAGGCAGAACAGGACUUGCGGCCCGUUCUGGCUGUGCAUGGAUUUAUGAUGUUUGUGGCCUGGGGCAUUUUGCUUCCUGGUGGAAUAUUGGCUGCUCGGUAUUUGAAAAGCUUGAAGGGAGACGGGUGGUACCAAAUACAUGUCUAUCUGCAGUAUUCUGGGAUCUCUAUAAUGUUCCUUGGCGUCCUUUUUGCUGCAGCUGAGCUCCGAGGUUUCUAUGUCGAUUCAGUGCACGUCAAGUUUGGUUUGUCAGCCUUACUGUUGGCAGCUUUUCAGCCACUCAAUGCCUAUUUCCGGCCCAAGAGGCCCGCUAACGGGGAGGUUCCACCCCAGAACCGUGUCCUCUGGGAGUACCUACAUGUCAUCACAGGCAGGUCAGCAAUUGUCGUCGGAGUCGUGGCGCUUUUCACCGGAAUGAAGCAUUUAGGCCACAGGUAUGACAGUGAAAAUGUAGAGGAGCUCACCUGGGCCUUGAUGCUGUGGGUGCUUUCCGCCAUAGUUAUAGCUCUGUCCUUGGAAUAUAAAGAGGUCAAACGAAGGGGCGGCGACCGAAGCUUCAGAGGGCACUGGGUUCUAGGUAACACCGAGGAAGAUGACUCGGUUGAUCUCUUGCAUCCUGACAGCUCUGCCAGGAGUUCAGAAUCUAGGCCUUCUGGUGUAAUGGAGGUGCAGCUUGAGCCUCUCACUAGAUGA